AGAGUGAGACCUUGUCUCAAAAAAACCACAAAAAACCUAUAUUUCAUUUUACACAAAAGGAAGUAAUUUGUAGAAUGACAUUUACAAAAAUAAGGGAGAACUGAUUCUGGAGCUCAUCAGAAGAAAUGAGAGUGAGGAAAGUAAUUGAGCAGCUCAUGUGGUCUGAAGGUGGACCAAAGACAUUGGACUUAAAUUUUGAAAGUCAGUUUGGCAAUUGGAGAGAAUAUAAGUAUCUAAAAAGGGGAUUUGAAAUGGUCAGUAUUCUCUGCCUUGCAGAAAACAGGAACAGUUGAUAAAUGGAAUUAGUGUUGAAUCUGAUCCUCUUGGGAGAACUCCUCUGAGGGAUUGGCCCAUGCUGUUUUUAGGAGGAUAUAGCCACUGUUUCUCCAGCCUGUCCUAGGAAAAGUCUGCUACCACCAAACCUUGUUGGCCCUCAAAAUUUCUAAAAUCAAAUCUCAAAUCAACCAGAAUGCAAAUGCGUUCUUGAAAAGCACUAAGAGUCCUAUUCACUCAAGACACAGCCUUUUUAUUUCAGUUGGAUUGUUUUUUGGAGUUAAAAGAAGGGUUAUGUUUAAAUAUGGGGUAGGGGGAAAAUAAAGUUUUAAGUCUUAGAGCAGACUAGCCCUUCACUAAUUCCACUAAUUAAAGCACUAAUCACAGCUCCUGGGACUGAGCCUCUGAAUUAGAAGCUUUGCUCUAAAGAAUUUGUUGAAAGUGCUAUGGUGUCUCAGGUGAUUGAGGUUGCAGGAGGAAGUGUUCCUUUUUCCCUAAGUGGGGACAUUACCCGCUUUUUCUUUUGACAUUCAGUCCUGAGUCCUUGGCUUGGGGUGGUCCCCUAGGCCCAAAGUUUUCCUGCCCUGAAUCCUGGUGUUGUAGGCUCCUUGACCUGUGGAGACUUAGGACCGAAUUGCCUCUAGACCUGGGGGAAAGUGCUUCGUUGUGCUUCCAACUUUGUACUGUUUUCUUUCUGUUUAAAGAAAACACUAGUAUAGGUUAAGCUGGGAGAAUGAGUCCUAAGUGGCUGAGGAGCAAGUGUGACUCAUUUUGUACUUGUAGAAUGUGAGGUACACAUUCUCAGGGAGAUGCUCCUUCAACUCAUGUUUGCCUUCCCCUCUGACUUUUCUGUGGUCCCUGAUCCCUAUUUCCACUUCAACUUGAUGGCAGCGUUUUGUGCACUGUCUGCAUGGCAUUGCUUGUGAGGCAGCGCUAACACUGCCAGUGCCUGUCCACCUCUCCUGCUACAACCUUUGUAUAUUUUCCCUUUGCAUAUCUUCCUGUUUUAUGUGAUUAACACCUCAUGCUGUGACUUUACAGUGUAUCAAGUAUGCUCACAUAACCUCAUUUAAGCCUACCAAUAAAGCUAUGAAGGAGACAGGGUGGUUAUUACCAUUUUAUAGCCCAGGAAGCAGAUCCAGAGGCAGAAUUUCAGUGGAACCCCAAGGUUGCUAUUUACUUCCCUUCCUUGAGCCUCAGUUUCCCCAUCUUUAAGGCUGGAGAACUAGAUGAUCUGUAAGGUCUCUUCAGUUCAGACUAUGUGAUUCCAUUCAUGAUCCUGGAAUAGGGCCAUGAAAGCCAGUGGCAGACACCCAAGGCCUUAAGAGGUAUGUCGCAUGGGGAUGGGAAGGUGGUAAAGUUUCUGCGAACAAUAGUGUGAGGGAUGCCUCUUCUUCCGGACAGCUCUCCUUCAGGAGGCGCCUGGGUGGUGGUAGCAAGUGGGAGUCUUGGGUGCCUUGUCUCCAUUCUAUAAGGUGGGAGCGGGUGAGAACCCAGCGACUGCGCGGCUGAAUGACAGGGAGUGGCCCUGCCGCCUCCAACAUGGCAGCUUCUAUCCAGCGAAGCUGGGUCCCCGCUUCCGGGUUCCGUACCGUUGGCCAGGCUACAUCCGGCAGCGCGCUGGCUGGGUUCCCGGGACUCGAACGGAAGUUCCGGCGGGGGCGGCCGAGGGGGAAGAGUGUGUGUCUGCGGGAGAAAGGAGAAUCGCCUAAGCGGCCUCGGAAGCUCCAGAGAGUGGAGGCCCCCGCCGUGGAGCCGUGUGGUGUAUGUGUGGUAACACCAUGUCUGUGCCCCUGCUCACCGAUGCUGCCACCGUGUCUGGAGCUGAGCGGGAAACGGCCGCGGCACAGCUGGGCUGACGCCCUCUCCACCAUCCGGCUCCCUCAUGUCAAGUACAUCUGUCCCCAUGCGCCUAGGAUCCCCGUGACCCUCAACAUGAAGAUGGUGAUGCCCUCCUGGUUUGACCUGAUGGGGCUGAGUCCAGAUGCCCCAGAGGACGAGGCUGGCAUCAAGAAGGCAGCAGAGAACAUCAAGGCCUUGAUUGAGCAUGAAAUGAAGAAUGGGAUCCCUGCCAAUCGAAUCGUCCUGGGCGGCUUUUCACAGGGUGGGGCCCUGUCCCUUUACACAGCCCUCACCUGCCCCCACCCUCUGGCUGGCAUCGUGGCAUUGAGCUGCUGGCUGCCUCUACACCGGGCCUUCCCUCAGGCAGCUAAUGGCAGUGCCAAGGACCUGGCCAUCCUCCAGUGCCACGGGGAGCUGGACCCCAUGGUGCCCGUACGGUUUGGGGCCCUGACCGCUGAAAAGCUCCGGUCUGUUGUCACACCUGCCAGGGUCCAGUUCAAGACGUACCCCGGUGUCAUGCACAGCUCCUGUCCUCAGGAGAUGGCAGCUGUGAAGGAAUUUCUUGAGAAGCUGCUGCCUCCUGUCUAACUAGUUGCUGGCCUCAGUGUGGUCUCCCAGCUCAUGGGGGACCCAGCAAGCAAGCGUGGCACCAUCUUGGAUCUGAGCCGGUCGAGCCCCUGUCCCCACCCUUCCUGACCUGUCCUUUUCCCACAGGCCUCUGGGGCAGGUGGCGAGGCCUGGCCGGGCAUUGCUUCCUGGCCUCAGCCACCUGGCUCUCUGCAGCAGGGGCGGGCUGCUUUCUUACCCCAUUUCCCUGGAGGUGGGCCCCCCUGGCAGCAGUAUUGGAGGGGCUACAGGCAGCUGGAGAAAGGGGCCCAGCCGCUGACCCACUCACUCAGGACCUCACUCACUAGCCCCACUUUGGGCCCCCUCCUGUGACCUCAGGGUUUGGCCCAUGGGGCCCUCCCAGGCCCCUGCCCCAACUGAUCCUGCCCAGAUAAUCGUCUCUCUCCUGCCUCCACUCCAGCUGCUUCUCAGUCCUGAAUGUGGCCAUGGCCCUGGGGCCCCCUUGCUGCUGUGGGCUCCCUGUCCCUGGGCUGGAGUGCUGGUGAGGAGGUGGAGCCUUUUGAGGGGGGCCUUCCCUCAGCUGUUUCCCCCAACUGGGGGGCUGGGCCCUGCCUCCCGUUACCCUCCUUCCCUGCAGGCCCAGAGCCCGCAGGGCUGGACUGGGGUUCAGGUCUCCCCCCAGCUGUCUCACCCCCACUUUGUCCCAACUCUAGAGCAGGGAGGUAUUGGGGGAAGAGUUGUGUCUCGUCUUCUGUCUCCAUGUGGUUUUGGGUGUUUUUCUUGUUGUGUCCUGGAUUCCGAUAAAAUUAAAGAAAUUGCUUCCUCA